UGCACUCUCAGCUACACCAAAACUGAGCUUAACUAAUUAGUUUCCUUCGUGACCUGCUAUCCGAGCCGAUCAACACACACACACACACGUGUAUAUUAUAUAUAUAUAUAUAUAUAUAUAUAUAUAUAUAUACACACACACACACACCCAAAAGUCAACCCAGCGUUACACUAAAAACUGAGCUUCAAAAACACUCUUUAAACCUUCCCUUCGAGAAGAGGAAUCCAACGGUGAAAGAAAAAUGGAAAACGGUCGUGAAACGAGAGAGAUAUCGAUUGCCGGAGUUUCGUCAGGCUAACCGUAAAGACGAAAAACGGAGAAGAAGGAAGAGCUGCCGCUGCCGCCAAUCCAUUACCAAUCGUCCCCGUCCCAGGAAAAGGCGCUGCCGCUGCCGUUCACGCGUCCGACGAAGGUGAUGAUGGCUAUGUUGAUUGUUGAUUGCAUGCGCCUGAGAGCGGUUGCUAGAUGCCUUAGUAAAACCUAGACAUGAAUGAACAUUUCAGUUACGUUGAACAUUUGUUUCUUCAUAUUACAAUUAAUUAUGAUUGUUUUGUUUUAGUUGCCUGUGCAUCCGGUUAAGAGAUGACCGGAUGUCGCGGUAACACCCGUUUCCCUAUUUAGAUUAUUUCCGCUGCAAGAUUUUUAUCAAUUUCGAAUGAAUAAAGCAAGUUUAUUAUCAAUAAAUUAUUAUUUCAAGUAUUAUUUUUGGGCGGGAAAUUGGGGGUGUUACAAAUUGGUAUCAGAGACUUUAGUUUUCCGAAGGGAUUAGGGCACGGGGUAAUAGGUCGUAGGGAGAAAUUUUGUCACAAAGACGACAACAGCCUAAGCUGGUUGGUGCAUAAUUGAGCCUUUGCACUCGUCCAACUAACUGAGAAUUUCUCCUUGUGCUGAAACUUCGUUGUUCAAAAUCUUUGACGAAAACUAUGGUCUCGAAGCGGGGAUUUUCAAAAUGUUUUCGUAAAAAAAAGGAAUGAACAUACUAGGAACCUGGCCUUUCUAGGAACGCGGUGAGAGGAAGAACCUUUGCGAUACUAUUGAAUUAUGAAAUGCAUGAGAUUCAUGCCUCUGUGAAGUAUGUGGAAUAUGUGAUACACUGUAUGUGCUAUCCGUUAUAAGAAUUUGAAGUUAGUAUAGAAUUUGUAUGAUGUAGAAGCCUUAUGUAUGCCUUAGUACUUAGUGUUGGUUUUCUUUAUUAAGAAUCAUGCCGCCAAGAAGAAACCCCCUUACAACCCCAACCGUUGAGGAGUUGGCCCAAACUAUUCAACAAAUGGCACGGCAUAUCGGAGCGGCUCAACCCCAGAACAAUGGGAUUGACUACGCUACAAGGGUAGCCGAGCGUAACCCCCCGAAAUAUCUGGGCGAGGAGGACCAUCUUAUCCUGGAGGACUGGAUUCGUACCUUUGACAAACUCUUUGACUCCCCCAACUGCCCGUGGGAUCAACGAGUAAAUAUUGCGGUGUAUUACCUACACCAAGAAGUUGACCACUGGUGGGCCGCCAAUGGACCAACACUUCUCGAGCAACCGGACUUUUGCUGGGAGGACUUCAAAGUAGCACUACGUGACCACUUCUACCCCGAUCACGUAAACGAGGCAAAUUAUGACGAAUUCGUUAAUUUCAAGCAAGGUGACCUGACUGUUCAGGAGUACCACACGAAGUUCGUCCAAUUGGCUCGUUUCGCCAAAGACCUGGUGUCAACCGAGGGCAGUAUGACACGCAGAUUUGUUAACGGGCUUAACUACGGUGCCCAAAAGUUUGUGACUGUAGCAGAGCCAUGAAAUAUGAACGAGGCAUAUAGGAAGGCUGGUAAGUACUACAUGGUACACCAGAAGGAGAGGGAGGCACAUAAGAGGGAUCGAAAGAAUGCUGAGGUGGAGCAGCAGCACAAGAAGGCCAGAACUGACCGCCCUGAGCCCCGGCAAAACAAUCAAGGCGGGAGAAUAUUCCAAGGCCAGGGUCAGGGGAGAAACCAGCCUAACCAGACACGGUAUUACAAGUGCAAACUCUGUCCAAACAACCACCCUGGAGCAGAUUGUGCAGGUAAUCCGGUGAAGUGCUACAACUGCAACCUCAUGGGGCAUAGGGCAUAUGAGUGCCGGAAGGAGAAGAGGCCCCAAACCCAGGGCCAAAACCAAGGGGUGCACAAUCAGGGGAAUGGCCAAGCCAGGGGUGGGGGUAACCACAUUAACAGUAAUCGUGGUAACCCCAGUAACCGUCCAACGGAAGGCAACCGUAACCAGGGUCAGGGAGGGCAUAACAAUAACCAAGGCCGAAUCUAUGUCAUGAACCAAGUUCAGGCAAAUGCCAACGACGUGGUGUCAGGUACAUUCCUUGUAAACUCCACAUCUGCUCAUGUACUGUUUGAUUCGGGUGCAUCCCACAGUUUUAUAUCCUCAAAACUUGUGGAAAAGUUAAAGUUAGAACCUACCGCUACACUCAAUCUUAAUGUAAAAACAACAUCUAAUAAAGUUGUUGUGUGACACCGUCCCCAAGCAUGUUUACUUUUAGUAAAUUAUGUACUAAACCUUGAAGGAUGAUUUAUGAAUUUAUGUAAUUGUUAAAUUUUAUUAUUUCUUUUACGUGAAUAGUAAAUUGCAUAUGGGGCCCACAGCGGGAACGGGGACCGCCCGAUAAUUCCAGAACCACAUAUUAUAUUCAUGUUGGUCUAGAUGACAUCUAUAUAGUGGUGGAUAUUUUAGUUGGGCCAUGGACAGGGCAUGGAGUUGACCGGUUGGUCAAACGAGGCCCAAUUACCGGUAUUGGUAAUUUAGCGGAUAACAGCCCGAAGUGAAUUUCGGAGACUCCUAAAUUAAUUUUGGGGAAUGUACAUCUAUUCUAAAGGCCCAUAAUUAUUAGGAACGCGUGAUAUAUUUUAGUUGGCCCGAUAAAUUAAAAUAUAAUUAAAACAGUCUGAGAAAUACAACUUUCGGGGCCGAUUGUACACACCGGGACAUAAUGGGAUGACCUCCCACAUAAGUGGGGGCCAACCCACGUCUUCAUGUGCCCUAGUUGACUAAAGGAAAGCUGGAAGGGACAUGAAAUGAGGGGUGGGUGCGGACUCAUGGGAGGGGGGGUGGCAAGACAAAUGCACACCCCAUUUGGCCCCAUUUUGGCCUCAAUAAGUCUUGAUUGAAUAGGGAUACUUCUCCCCUAUUCACUUUGCACCACUCGGCCAUAUCAAGAGAGGAUAACCUCUAGGAAGAGCUCUCACAAGGUCCAGGGUAGGAGAAAGGCAAGAGGGAGGAAAACCCAACACAAAAGGAGCUAAGUUGAGGUAAGAAUCCAACUACUAUGAAUUAACUAGUUUAUAUUGUAUGAUUUUCAAGAAAUCAUAUGGUGGAGUAAACAUGAAGUUCUGCACGUUUAAAAAAGUGUAGAAUAUUGAUAUAUAGUGGUGGUAAUUAACUUAGAAGGGUUGGUGAAUCGAUAGGAGUCGAAAUCACCGAAAACCGCCACAUAUAGGAAGUUGUUCGUGUUGCAGAAGGACGAACGUCACCCGGCUUUCGUGAAAGCCACCCGGCUUUUGCCCAGCAGUCUAGUUUUCCACUUUCAAUCGGCCUAGAACGGGGAUUGAUCGAGGGGCUUAACAAAGGUAACUAUUGUAUCACAUCACGAGGUGAGGAUGACUGACUAUAUUGCUUAUAAUUAGUGAAUUAAUUUCAUAAGAUUACCUAAGGUAUUAAAUGUGAUUUUCAUGGAUUAUUAAUGAAUAAUAAUGCCUAAAUGAAAAUAUUAUUGCAUGUGAGUAAAUAAAGCAUGAUAUACAAAUUUAGAAGAAAUUGUGUAUGAUUAUGUGAUAUGAAAGAAAUGGCAUGAUAAUGGAAUUAACUAUGAAAAUGUUGCGAUAAAAUAUACUUUUACUUCAUGUAAAGAAUUCAUGAAUGGAUGAAAGUGAUAUUUUUGAUAUUGAGAUUAAAUCAUAUUUGGAUUGGAAGAUCAAUUGAGAUGAAUUAUUUGGCUAGGAAUCGAGAACUCGGUUGUUCUAAGAUUAUCCGACUACUAUUGAAAUACUAGUCGGGAGAUCAAUAUAAAUAAAUGAUGGAAUUAAUCGUAAGAGAUAGGAUUGUGAAUAGAGAUGUCUUAAGUAGUCUUAAGAGAUACUUUAGGGUCGAAUUGUACGAACACCAAGGGGUAGGCCUAAAGGCUACCCAAGUGAAUUGGUUCUAGGCAUAGUAUUUGCUUGAGA